AUGGUGGUCAACCAACUGGCUGAAGCCAUUUUGGCCAACUCCCUCACUCAGGUAAAAUUCCACUUGGACUCAGGGACGAGCGUCAAUAGCAUGCUUGAUGCUAAUUGUUUGCCCAUGGUGAAUCAGAUACCCCUAUGUUCCGAGGAAGAAGAUCUGCCACCUCAUGUCAAAGUAGCACUCGACGACAUCCUUGGGUUUGCGUAUCCCCUGCAUUUGGCAAUAGUGAAUCUUUAUCAUUCUGUGAAAAAGACUUAUCUUUAUGAAUCUGCUUUGGAGAUUUUGGAUCUUCUUCUGGCCCAUGGUGCCAAUACUUCUGAAUGUUGCAGUUGCCUGGUCCUGUGCAAUAUCGAACGAUACAACUAUCAUCCUUUUGAAUCUGAUGCUCAAAGCUACACUGCUCUUGAUUUGGCCCUCUUCUUCAAAAAGCACCCAAACAGUUUUUUUGAAGCUCAGACCCACUCUGCCAUGGAGUCAGGCAUCAAACGGAUCCAGAAAAAGGCAAAGAAAUCGCCCACUGCUCCAAUCAAGACUGUCCCCGUCGUGGCAGAAGUUGCCGCGGCGUGGAAAUCUUUGCUCUGUUCUGAGGAAUUCAGUGAUAUUUGCUUCCAAUGCUCAGACGGGGUUUCUCUUCCUGCUCAUCGGAUUGUCUUGGCAGCUGUGUCUCCUUACUUUGCGACGGCCCUGAAAGGCCCCUGGUCUGAAGUGAGCUCUGGAAAAUGGAAUACCAGCUACCCAUCCACUCUCAUCCGGCUUAUCCUGGAAUUAAUCUAUACUGGCAAAGUUCCAAACGCCUUUUGCAAGGAAAAUCCCCUCAUGUUAUUCGACUGUGUCUCGGAGUAUGAUAUUAAACCCGCCAUCAAGCUGGCGACCAAUGCCUGCAUUCAAAAGUUGGGUGUCUCCAAUGUCAAAAAGAUCUUGCAGGCUGCUAGUCUGCACAGCAACACCAAGAUCAAGAAAGCCUGCUUUGUGUUUGUCCAAUCCAAUGCAACGCACAUUCUCACAGAUGCUGGUUUCAUGACAUUGGCUCAGGAAGAUCCAAAACUAUGGUUGCAGCGAGUUCUUUGCGAGCGGCUCGAUGACUUCUCCUUCCAAGGAAAAGGCCAAGACCGUCAAUGUACUUCUUGUGUUCGUGAAGGUGGCUGUGAAGCUGCGUGA